AGUAUGAAGAGGAGGAAUGAUCACAGCGAAUAAAACCUUUUUCAUUCUUCAUAUGGACACCUGACCGUUGUUUGAAGACACACUUGAACAACUGUGAACCUAUCCUUUAGCAUUCAUCAAUUGAUUAUCUAUUGGCUGUUAACUAAUCACAUGAAGUCACAGUGACCUCAUCAUUUGUUACUGGUCAACAACAAAUGACAGAUCCUGCAUUAAAUCAUCAUACAGCUAAGCAUUACUUAAGUACGUGUUUUGUACCCUUGUUUUAAAGUGCUACCUUUACUCCACAUUUUUAGGGUUUUUUUGACUGUAGAUAUAAAUAUACAUACAGAUAUAUAUAGAUGCUCCUUCAGUAACUUCACUGUUUAGAAAACACUUGAUGGCUAGUGAUCACUAAGAAUAACUGGGCUCACCGUGGGACUGGCCUGGACCAGCCUCAGAUUCCCACGACCCCUCCUCUCCUCUGCACACACAAAUCAAAACACAGGCUGCAAAGGCGCACAAGCAGCCAGGAGAGACCGAGAGGCAGAGGAGCUUUGCACCACUUUUGAGUAAGACUGUUACUUACUAUAAAAGCCUCAUUUCAGGCUCAGCAAGCAGCCGCACGCUGACGCACGCAGUGAGGGAUGGGAAAAAAAACCAACGUCUUAAUCUGAGCAGGAAUUAGGGGGGAAAGUCUGGAUUUAAUCGCAAAUCAAAGUGGAGGAGAAGACACAGCGCGGAAACACGGAGGAGUGAGGCGAAUAACGCAACUCAUGGUUAUUUAUUUUGAUGAUGCCGAGGAGCCAGUUUUUUCUGCUUCGGAUUUACGUCCAAAACAAAUCUGAAGUCAGAGGAUGACGGCAGCCAGUCCUGCCUGCAGCCCGGCCUCAACCCAGUCGUCACGUGUCUGCCUCCCAGCAUGCCACAGACACCUGAGGAAAGGCAAAGACUUCCCGGCCAAACUGCACCUGCGCUCGGCCCCGGGCGUGUGGCUCAUGCUGGGUGUAGCGGUGGUGCUGGUGGGGAUGGGUGUGGCGGUGGCGGGUUAUGUAUCCGCUGUGCCAAAGCCUGUGGGGGGCCGUGGCAGCACCCAUGUCGAGAGGAUGAAACUAGCAGGGCCCGUGGUCAUGGGAGUGGGCCUCUUCAUCUUCAUCUGCGCCGCCACGCUGCUGUAUGAGAACCGGGACCGCGAAGCCCUCAGGCGAGAGGCGGCUGAGGACCUUGAGGAUCUGAAGGGAGGAGACGGCUGGGAGGAUUCACAGGACCAGCCCAGCUUCAGCUGUCAGGAGCAGUGUGAGUGUAAAGAUGUAGAGCCGGGAUCCUGGGCCACUCCAGCACACACGCUCCCCCUCUCAAACCAGAACUGGGGCCCUGCUCCUGCUCCUCCUCCUCCUCUGCCUCGCAGGGACAGACACAACAUCAGCAGCAGCAGAUCAUCUCCGCUGGCUCCUCUGGAUGCAGGAGGCAAAGAGGAGGAGGACAGAAUGCAGGAGGGAGCAGAGAAGGAGGGGAGGUCAACCCUUCUGGCCCGAGUUCUGCACCACCAGGAGCCAACUCCUCACUGCUCCUCCUCCCCCUGCCCGUCGUCUGUUUCUCACUCCUCCGUCCACUCGGACUCAUGCAACUCCAGCGAGGUCAACUUUAACAUACGGACAGGCUCUCCUCUGCCACCUGAGCACUGAACUUCUACUGUCUCAUGAAACGUGCAUGAUGAGUUAGAUACAUGUAAAAGUUUCAUGUGCAGACACGCUAAAGACAAGACUAUGCAUUCCUCAAUAAAUAGAUGAAAUGUUUGUUGGUAUGUCUUGGAUUAGUGCCUCGGAGUGGCGCAGUGGUUCUGACUCACUGUCUAUGAAGAGUGUUUUUGUCCCACAUCGUUCUCUGACUCACCCACGUUUGAGGGAUUGGAGCUUCGCUGUUUGAUGUCAACUCGCCAUCUUGUUGUCUUUGAUCUCACUCAUGCCAAAAUCCCUAAAGCUGCUGCUUGUUUGACCAUAUUUGGACUGGGGAGGAUUGCUAAAACUUAUUUGGGUGCCAUACUGGGAGACACACUCACUCUUGGCUUUCUCUCUCUCAGACACACAUCUUCCCUCCAGACGUACAGCAUCUACAUUUGGAGGAUAAAACAGUCUCAAGAGUCUUUACCUAAUCUCACACUGUACUGUAACCUACUCUUUAUCUGAGGAAACUGUGUCUCAGUAAAGGCCCUACAGUGGUGGAAAGUAACAAAGUA